AGAAAAGUAGCAGCACCCUGCUCAUUUGUUGGGAUCCCAUUCUUCCACAACAGUUCAAAGUUUGCUCUCUCAUUCCUCACCCCUCCGCCUCCUCUCUCACGUACGCACACUGUUUUCACCUAAAAAGCUGCUACCCAAUACUCCGUACACCGUAUACCUAAACCACCCCAACUACAACGGACACUAACAAAUCAUUAUUAUUACUGUUACUAUUACAUCACAUUCUUCACACACUAAUCCAAAUCAUCAUUUUCCAUAUAUAUCGCCAGCAAGAUACAAGAAGAAAGAAAGAUGCUUCCGUUUCGGAGAUUCUAUGGGUUCGAGAGCUGGCUAGACCACGACGCUGGCCAUGCUCAGAGUUCGCUGAUCAAAAAGGCGGUGGAGUUGGACGGCGCCAGAUCGAAAACGGAGCGGAAAUCAACGGAAGCGUGCAAGAGUCACAGGGAAGCUGAGAGGAGACGCAGGCAGAGAAUCAACUCUCACCUCUCCACCUUACGUACCCUCCUUCCUAACGCCGCCAAGUCGGACAAGGCGUCGUUGCUGGGGGAAGUGGUGGAGCACGUGAAGCGGCUGAGGAAGCAAGCCGAUGACGUGACGUGCGGGGACUCGUACUCCUCGCGCAGCGGCGAACCGGGUUCGGUCCGGUCGGAGGCAUGGCCGUUUCCGGGGGAGUGCGAUGAGGUGACGGUGAGUUACUGUGACGGCGAGGACGGGGAACCGAAGCGGGUGAAGGCGACGGUGUGCUGCGGGGACCGGACCGGUCUGAACCGGGACGUGUCCCAAGCGAUCCGGUCGGUUCGGGCCAAAGCGGUUCGCGCGGAGAUGAUGACGGUUGGGGGAAGGACGAAGAGUGUUGUGGUGGUGGAGUGGGAAAAGGAAGAAGAGGAGGUUGGGGCGCUGGAACGGGCUUUGAAGGCUGUGGUGGAGAAUCGGGCUUUGGUGGGCUUUGGAAUGGGCCCAGUCAUUCUGGGCCAGAAACGGGGUAGGGAUUGCUGUGCUUCGCCUAGUAGUGAGGUUGACUCUGACUUCUUGCUGAGGAAUGGGAGCUUUUGCUAAUUCGUAAUUAGUUUCUUUUUUUGGUAAAAGAAAUAAUUAGAUGCUUAGUUAGCUUUCGGGUUGGUAAUCUUGGAGAUGCCUUUUUUUUUUAUUUAUAUAGGCAUGAUGCUUUAGUCUAUACCAUAGUCUAAAAUCUAAAAUUUAUAAUAAUAUAUAAUUGUGGUAA